AUGGGACAGUCCAUGGGCCCCCUGCCCCCUCAGCCUGUGUCCUGGGCCCCGUCUCUUCGUGGCAGACAAAGAGCCCACUCCAAAUCCGAGGAGAGGCCAGUGGUGCAGCCUGUUGAGGAACAGAACCCGGAAGAGCCUCAGGUCUCCAGGGAGCUGGACCCAGAGCCACCUUCUUCAGAACAGAAGCUGGAUCUGCAACCAGAACCCACUGUCAGCUUCCUGUUCACACUCCUGAGCACCGCAGAGCCCCACAAGCCCAAAGACCCUGAGGAGGACUUGGAGAUCCAAGAGGGCCAGUUCCUGGGUAAGGAAGACUGGGGCCCCCAGCGGACCGCGAAGGAAAUCAACCAACUGCAGAAUGAUUGCAUGAGGCUCUGGGCCUCGCUGAGCACUACGCAGGCAGACAACCUGGCCCUGGGGGAGAAGUUGCAAAGUCUGCCCAAUUCAUUGUAUGAGAGCUUGAAGGAGGAAGUGAGGGCGAUCCAGGAGGACGAGAAGGUCAUCCAGGAGGAUGCCCAGGCCAUCCAGGGGGCAGCGCUGCUCCAGGUGCCUGGGCCUCCGUGCAGUGGUGCAUGGGGGAGGGAGGGCCCUCCUGCCCAGUGCCACGCACUCAGCUCCCGGUGCCUGCAGCAGCCCAGCUCCCAGAAGACAGACCUGCUCAUCCCACAGGCUGACGUUCCCCAGGAUCACAGAAACCCACGUCAGCCCUGGCCGGGCCCAAGCUUGGAGACGGGACCCGACCUCGGGAAGACCCUCCAGCAGCUCCUCUCCAGGUCCCUGCAGUAA